AUGGCUUGUUUUACGGUUUACCUGGCUCUCAUUUCAGUUGUGGCACUGGCAAUAAUUCUAACAGCGGCCAUCCCACAGGAUGCGGAGUCACUUUUGGCUCUCAAACAGAGCUUGUCUGGCUAUUCUCUCAAUGACUGGCGAGACGGAGAUCUCUCCAACUUCUGUGAUUGGACGGGCGUCACCUCUGGGCCUCAACGGAAUGAGUGGCCCGAUUCCUUCAUGGCUCGGCGAAAUGCCCUUCCUGGAACAGAUUUGGAUGGGAGGGAGUCGAUACGAAGGGUCAUUCCUCCUUCUCUCGGGAACAUAUCAUCUCUCACCAUUUUAGGCUUGUACUUGAAUUCCCUCACGGGUAAUAUUCCUAAAUCAUUCGGUCAGCUUUCCCGCCUGACUGAAUGGAGCAUGCGCCAGAAUUAUCUGACAGGCUCUCUUCCGGCUGAACUGGGGAAUCUUACAAGUCUACAACUUGCACGGUUAUAUGAAAAUUCGUUAAGCGGAAGUAUUCCGAUCGAGUUUGGCCGCCUAAAAUCCCUUCAACAAUUUGAGGUGUGGAACAAUAAUUUCAGCGGAAAGAUUCCAGAAGAGUUGAGCAACUGCUCGGCGUUAGGGCGUCUCAAACUGCAGGACAAUCAGCUAAGCGGGGGCAUACCUUCACAGCUGGGUCGACUACACUUCCUAGCCGAUCUAAAUUUGGAGCAGAAUCAAUUGUCGGGAAUGAUUCCGGAAUCCCUUUCAAACUUGCCCCGUAAUCUACUUAGUGGGAAAAUUCCGGCAGAAAUAGGGGGUAUGCAAUUGGUUACUGUGAUAGACCUGGCCGGCAACCAUUUAGGUGGCGAAAUCCCGGCGAGCCUUGGAAACUGCGUGGAGCUGCUGCAACUGAACCUUUCGAACAAUCAAUUGAAUGGUCAAAUUCCGGAAACCUUGGGCUCACUUAUUACUCUUACGGACUUGGAUCUCUCUGUCAACAAUUUCUCUGGUACCAUACCAAGUUAUCUUGGCGACAUGACAGCUCUCCUGUUUCUGAAUCUUUCUUACAACCAUCUCUCUGGUCCUAUUCCCACCCGGGGUGUAUUCAGAAAUCAGUCAGCCAUCGCUUUAAUUGGAAAUUCUGAUCUGUGCAGUUCAGAAUUUCCGAAAUCCUCAGCUCAGUUGUCCAGCGGUCUCUCAAACCGAUCCAAGUUCCUUAUUAUCGUGGGAUCGUUUGCUUUUGGAGCUCUUGUUCUAACAGCCAUGGUGUACUUGUAUGUUCACAGAAGAAAAAAGAGCAAGGAUGAGCACGUAUGA